AUGUAUUGCUUCCCCUAUCCCUCUUCGUCCGGCAUCACCCCACUUCGAGUCCGUUAUUGGGGAAGCUGCCCUUACUCGUUGACCGGUCCCUACACCUUUGAUACAUUUCUCGACUUCGCGCUCGGCGUGGAAUUGCUUUCUAGGUUCUUUUCGCUUUCGAGUGUUCCAUCCAACCGUAGACCCGAACUGAACGUCGUAGCAGCAGUACUGCAAGCCUGGCUCUUCUUUGGAUUGGCCUGUGAAGCUUUAGGCCGCGAUGUUGACCAUAACGAGUUUGUAGAGUUAGGUGAUGGUGCUGCACCCCAAGGCACGAUCGAUCUUCGCAUGCCUAUACGAUUCUGGACUGAACUUCAAACACGAUGGUGUGAUCUACAAGCUCGACUGUCAGAGGCCGAGUUCGAGGGAAAAAAAAGCCAUCUUAUGCGAUGCCUGGAACUGGCUGAAACAACCAUGUGCAGACAAGACCUCAAUGGCCAGAACAUGGACGACGAGGACCUGGCACAGGUUCUGCUCUCUAUACACAUGCUGAUGUAUCUUAUUAACAAUGUAUUCGAGUCAUACACAGUCCUCCAGGUGACCCCAAGAUCCAAAGCAACCCAGCUUCUCGUUCGAAGAAUGGUCCAGAAUGGCUGGUGCAGGAAACGACUGAACUUUGUUCAGACCACUCCGAUGCUUUAUCCGGGCCUUUAUUACAUGGCGUCAUUUCUCCCGCCGCGAAGUGAGUAUGAAGAUCACAGCUCGUGCACCUCGAUCAAGUGCUCUAUCACAGGUAGACUUCUGGAACCGUUUCAUCGCGAUGAGAAUUGCGCGUGUAAAGAUAUCCACGUGCCGCUGUGGCAGGUCGCCAGGAUCGUCGCAGAUGGUGGUAUUCCCUUGGUAAAGAUUGUGCGUUCGGGUGGCAGGGAAUUGAAGCUUGAGGUUGUUCCAUUCACGCGAACGAGCCGAUUCACUGCCAUCUCCCAUGUCUGGGCCGACCGACAGUUUGGCUCGACGAAAAAUGCCCUUCCGACUUGCCAAGUAGAGUACCUUGACUCUCUGCUUGCCUCACUUCCCAAGCAGGUUGAACAUUGGGGCUGGAGCGAUUGGUGUCAUAUCAGGUCUCCUUCAACCGACAUGAUCGAGCCGCCCAGCAGAGCCUACGACCUGUUCUGGAUCGACACAUUUUGCAUUCCCCAGGAUGCUGCACAUAUAGACCUCAAGCGUAAGGCUAUUGAUUCUAUGAACCUCAUAUAUGCUACUGCGAGUCAGACCGUCGUAUUUGACAGAGGUCUACAGACACUUGAUGUAGGGCAGCGGCCGGCGUCCCUCGCCCAUGGGGGUCGGCCAAACUUCUAUUCGCCAAACGACCAUAAACUUCUAGACGCUCUUUCACAUAUCGUCGCCUCCAAUUGGAUGGGCAGAGCGUGGACUUUGCAAGAAGGCGUUUUGUCCGGGUCUCUCGUAUUUCCCUUAGAAGGGUCGUUAGCUUACCUUCGACUCCUGUGGCCACACUUUGACGAAGGUCUCAACUCGUCGAACAUGCCUCUGCUUAGCAAGGCAAGAUACUGGUUUACUAUCUUUUGGCGACUAGGUGAUCCACAUACGCCUGGAAACGGCGUCAUGACUGGUUCUAACCCCUUCCCCUCGCACAUCCGUGCUCAAUUGUUUGAGUUCGUCAAAUCUUCACUCAACGUCGACGAGCACAAGUCGUACAUAAGAGGCGAGGCUGAUCGUGCGGCCCGGUUCAUUAGCUCGCACAGCCUCCUGCAGUCGCGCAGCACGACGCAGGUCGAGGAUCUUCCGUUGAUCUUGAUGAACAUGUCUGGAAUGAACGGAAAUUCAGUGCCACGGUCCAAAAGCACAGACGGCCGCAUGCAGCUCUUGUUCUACGGGCUUGGUACCCUCCCAGUCGAGUUGCUCUUUUCCGAGUGCGCCAGACCUCCGAAUUGCGCCGUAGAUUGUUGGAUACCAAGGGAGAUCGUACCAGAAAAGUUCUACGAAAAGCACAAGUUGAAGCUGACUCCCAAAGGGUUCGUGUUCGAUAGCGAACCGGGGUGUAAGCCCCUUCAGUUUUACCUCCUUGCUCCCUUCUCGGUCCAUCAGGACGGCUUCAUCAUAUACGUGCCUUUCGAAGAUGCAAAGAUCAAAUGCUUGGCGAAGCCUCGACCGUCCAAAAGCGAUGCGGCACAAUUCAAUCCUGCGGUUGAGCGAUGCGUUGUUCUUUCCGAUGCGCCUUUCGAUCGGCGCGGUGCUCUCUUUAUCGUCAGUCGCACGGUUGACAACGACGUGUUUAUGCAUUUCGAAUGUCCAAUCCUGUGUUCAACCGCGGACGAGGCCGACGAAGACGACGUUAUAGACAGGGCUCACGAGGCGAUGCCCGUGGCCCGGCAAGCUGUGCCCGGUACAAACUUCAUCAUCGAGAAGAGCAACACGCCGCAAACCUUGCGCCUCGCUCGUCCUCAAAACCCGGAGCAGUACUCCGAUCGUCUGAUCGUCAUCCAGCAGUUGAUCUGCAUGGCUUUGCUGUAUUUUGAGAGGCGCCUCGUCAACGAGGAGUAUCUGUCCAGCAGCUGGAUCCGGUUGGCGCUCUGGGGCCUGUUCGUGCACAUGCAAUUCCGCUGGGUCGACGGAGCGCUUCACAUGUUCGUCCAUCACGCCUGGGUGAGGACGUACUCACCGACGUGGAACCCGGACGGCCGGUGGAGAUGGUUCUGGAAGUUAUCGAACUACGAGCCGCCCAUCCCGUUCAGGACGAUGAUGAAGUUCUACUGUCAGGUCCUCUUCUUCACGUCGGCAGCUUUGGGAUUUUGGAACGGGGUGGCGAUGGUCACGACGUACUGGUGGCCUCUCUUCCCUAAAGAUGAGCUGGGACACAUGUACGUUACUGCGUCGUUGGCUAAACUCGUGAGCAGGCUCAUGUUCUGAAUAAUUAAGAUCGUGACGUUCAAGACGGGACCGUGAUGGGGAGGAGAACCUUAGUGGUGACAUCGAGGCAAUCCGCACAUCGUGGGAGAAUAGACGUGGAAUCUAAACGAUGGCACCUUUAUUCAUUCUAUCUUCUUCUCUCUUGCGCCUUUCCUCCUUCCUCUGCUCAUGUUCCCUCCUCUUCUCCGCACUCUCCAUCUUUCUCGCAGUUGCGCGCUUCUGCCGCCUGUCCUCCCUUCUCUCCCGAUCUUCAAGCCUCAUGCGCUUCUCUGUCUCGGCGCUCAGCAAAGCCCGCAGUUUCUCUUUGGAAACGACCCAGGGUCGGCAAAGCACCUCUCUCUUGAACCUGGCACACUCCUCCCAUUCCGCGGCCUCCUCCGCGGUGCUGCGCAAGGUCCAGAUUCUCUUCAGCUCCAGCUGGCGCACGUUUCUAAACUCGCUGAUCGUGCAUUUGACCUUGACCGCGGCGCCGAUGGACAGCGGAACUCUGUUGACGAGCACGUCGUAGCGACCGGGAGCGACGACGACGUCGACAUUGGCAACAUUGGUGUUUGAAGAAAAGGAAGAAGAAGGGGAGGCGGCCGACGCAGAAUCCAGGCGCGUGAUUUUGACGACGAUGAGGGAUCCGCUGCCGUCGUCCAGCUCGAGAAGCGUGUACCUGUUCAGCUUGUCGUCGAUCGAAACGACCAGGCCGGUCAAGCACACAAAGCGGAUUGGGUGGUUCUGGUAGAAGUAGACAUUCUGGCCUUUUCACGCGUGUCUCUCGUUAGCAACAUCGUCCGUCAUCACUCUCCAGCAGCUCGCCGAGAUUGCGGGGGGGGGAAGGCGUUGUAUCACCCUGGAAGCCAGCCUCUUCCCUCAAGCCAUGAACGUCGACGGCCAAGAGCUUCACCCACGUGAACCACGUGGGUGACUCCUUGAACGCAUAUGCCGGAUAUAUGGGGGCGGGUUCCUUGCUCAUGUCAUGGUGACCGAGCGUUCAGAAUCCGUUGUGCGGGGCGCGGUUUGAGGCUUUUCUGUUGCUUUUCUCAGGCGACUCGAGAUGGGGAAAAGAACACGGGGGGGAAACCGACGUGACCGCUGCGCUUGGACCUGUCACGCGUGGGCACGUGAUGAUGAUCUUCCUCCGCUGCCUUGUUGCGGGAACGUCGAGACGAUGGGACGUCGGCACUUGGAGUGCAAUCAGGACCAGAUGUCGCCAGAUGUCAUCUUUGUGCCGCGCAUGUGAUAACGUAUGCAGUCGUACGUGCGAGCCAUCGUCUUUGACUUCGUGUGUACGCUCCACAACAGGUGUGGCCUUCGAAUGGCAUUUGUCGAAACGUGCAGAAAUACGUGAACCAGUGUGGAGAUAAGAGGUUGACGCGGACAUGUA